CAAGAGCGGCAAAUGAAGAGCAGCAAGAGCUGCGAGAGCGCGGGGAGUUUUCGAGUUGGCUGCUCGAGGAUCAGUGAAAGUCUCGAGUCUGUGGAGGGGAGCUUUCUCAAGCGGAGGAGGUGAUGCAGCGGUGCCUGCGCGCGACGUUUUCUGCUAUCGCGAUGUUACUACCGAGACAAAGUACUGCGUAAUUUGUGUGUUUCAACCAGUGCUCUCGCCCCAGUCGUGCCGAGCAGUGCCGAUGUUUCUGAAUCGGACAGGCACAGAUGAUACUCUUCGGCAGGCGGUCGUCCAGAGUCGUGCUUCACAAGAAACUCGUGCCAAUCGGAAUAUGCUUCGGAAUCGUGCUCUCGUUGACGGCCGUGCCGUUCAUGGGCUGUCAGCGGCGGAAGUCGCCGCCCUCCGCAAAGGACGGCUUCUCGCUCUGGCAGUCGGCGCCGGUAGACGACGAAGACUUCGAGCCAGUGUUGCGCUUGGAAGGCCGCUCCAAGACAUCUCAGGCCAACAGCCCGGAGAAAGUGGCCCUCAAACGACCGCGAUUCUACAGCACGGAACUGGAAAUACGCGAGAAGCUACUCGUCGUUGUGCUUACGUCGCCAGAGACGGUCGAGACGUUCGGUGCCGCCGUGAACAGAACGCUGUCCAGACAUCCCAACAAACUUAUUUUUUAUUCGUGUGCCUCGGAGGAGGAGAGUUCGGCUCCCGCUCCUCCGUCGGUCUUCCAGCUGCCCGGCACGAAGUGCGACUCUCUGGCCUCUCACGUUCUCAAGCAUCUCGGUGUCAAGAACACUGCAAAAGACUUCGAUUUUGUGUUUCUCAUGCGAGAUAGCACAUACGUGAAUGGUGAAAAGCUCGUAAGCAUUGCUACGCACGUCAGUGUGAACGUUGAAGUCUUUUUGGGUAGGGCUGCAAACGGAGCCUGUGAUCUGGACGCCGGUUUGCUGCUGAGCAAUGGGGUAUUUAAGAAAGUGCUUGCAAAUAUCGACUCUUGCUUGGCUGAGAAAGGUGAAAUCUUGGAUGACAACAUUUCCCGGUGCAUUGCGAACAUUUCGGGAAUACCCUGCAGCGAUGUCUUUCAGGACCAACCUUUCUACUCAUUGAACCUUGACAAGGACUUGGGCUACAUACCAGAUCCGGCUACUCUCACAACAAGGAAAGAUUUCAGUGCAGUGGUGACUCUAUACCCAGUGCUAACGUCGAAGUACUUCUAUCGCCUGCACCACCACUUCAGUCUCUACAAUCUGCAAAAAGUUAAGAGACAAAUUGCAUUCACGGAGAAACAGAUAGCUGACGUCGCUAUUCAUCUGCCUAAUGACACUAUGGGAAGAGUGGAAUGGCCUCUUGGUGUUGAGCCAACACUGAAACCACCCAACAGAUUUGAUGUAAUUCGUUCAGUGUACUUUAAUGACACCCAUUUGUUCUGGAAAUCCGACUAUGAAGUCACAAGCCUUAUUAGUGGAGCCGAAAAGCUUAGUAUAGAAGACUUGAAACUUCUGCGAAAGGAAUUUCUCCAGCGCUCCUUUCCCAAGAAUAACCUAACAAUAGUUUCUACCAUUGAUGGCUAUAGAAAGUUUGAUCCAACGCGAGGCCUUAGCUAUGUGAUGCAUCUUCUGCUUCGCAAUGAAACAGCAAGUGCCGAGACCUGCAGAACCCUGGAAUUCUUGCGGCCCCUUGGAAAGUCUGAAGUUAUCAGCAUGCCUUACGUUACAGAGCAUACGAGGAUAAUAAUGGUGCUCUUUGUCAAGGAAAAAGAACUGGACCAUGUUGCUGUUUUCAUUGAAGAGUAUGCCAAGACAUGUUUAGAGAAGAAUGAUAAUACUAUGCUUUUACUUGCAUUCUUGCAACCAGCCGGUGUGCCUGAUGUGUUUGGAAACAUCCGGAGCUUUGCCGUGUCCAGUUCAAACCGGUUUCGAAAGAGUAAUGCUAAGCUUGCAACGAUCAGUAUUAAAAUACCAGAGGAUCGGCGGGUUCCCUCAGACUUUGCUCUGAUCGACCUUGUUGUGCGAAAGCUGCCACAGGAUUCACUUAUCCUCCUCUGCCAAACGGGGAUGGAGAUAAGGACGGACUACUUGAACAGGGUCCGCAUGAACACGGUGUCUGGUGUUCAGGUGUUCUUGCCUAUUCCAUUUACUCAGUAUCACCCCAUCAUCACAGAGCAGGAUCCCGUCGCUCCAGCAUUCCUUGAACUCAAGAGGGAAAAUGGCUUCUUUGACAGCAAUAAUUUCAAGCAUUUCAGCUUCUACGUUUCAGACUACUGGCGUCACCGUGCGCUUAUUGCCAAAGAAGUGCCUUUAGCACACAGCAGUACAGAUCUGACAGCGGACCAUUACCACGACCUUACCUUUGGCAUUGUGGAACUUUUUCUAGUUUCAAAGCAGCUUCAUCUGCUAAGGGCUGUUGAGCCUGAGCUGCGAGUGCGUUACAUCUGGAGAGAAUGCGGUGACGAGCCCAACCUAAGGGCAGCUGAGAACUGUAAGUUAUCUAGACUUUUCUCUGUGGGCAAUAGAGGGCAGCAAGCCAAAUUUCUCGCCUCUCAAACUACCACACCUGCUGCAGCGGAUCUUUCUCCUGGCUCCUGACACCCAGCCAGCUUCAGAUGGGGAAUAGCCCUUUCAGCAUGAUCGGCGUCCACUGGCAUUCCUGGAAGAUCGUUCGACAAGUGGGCGUGUGUAUGAAGUGUCUGGACAGCUUCUAGACGUUCAUGAACUGCUGUCUUGUUUUUACAGUGGGUGCAUGGCAUAAUUAUUUUCAGUGUUCUUUUAUUUUAUUUUAUUAAUUAUUUUUUAUCUGUUACGUGUACAGUUUUCUUUUUGUGGUCACAAGGAAUAUCUACCAUUAAUUAAGGCUGCCAGUUUUACACUCGAUUUCAACAAGCUUCAAAGGCAGGACUUCUGCAUUUUAACUGUUUUUAUCAUAUUGCAAUGUGCAUCAGGACUUGGCCUUUUUUGUUUAUAGGUUGCUUGUCUAUUUUUAUUAUGUUCCCAUACAACUAUGUUCUAGGCUGUUAAAUUUAGUGCCGCUCAAUCGAGUGUGCUUGUGGAACUGUUUCUAGUGGUCGCUGUGCCUUUUUAUGCUCCGUGUCAACACCUUUCUUGUUGUUGUGAUGAUGUGUGUAGCAUCACCAUUUCUUAAGUCAUCACUGUUAAUAAACAUGCUGCAUACUUCUUUC